UAUGUCCGAUUUAUAAUACUAUAUUUCUAUACGUGCGAAUAUGCGAUAAUCGGAUUAAUAUUCAUCACGAGAAGUUCAAUUAUUAUUUAUUAUUGCUAUGACGGAGUUACAAUAAAAUUGUAAUAAUAUGUCAUCACUCAUCAUGCACGUACUCAAAGGACGGUCUUGUCGCAGUUGAAAACGAAUACCCGAUGAAAGGCGAUCGGGCUCAGAAAAUUUACUAUCGACGCGGUCUUACCUAUACGAUAAUAAUCCAAAAUUGUCAAUAUUUAUUUAUAUUAUAGGUAUUCGUCAACAUCUCGGUCGCGUUUUGCACAAGGUUGCGGACUUGCAAGUAAUGUGUUCGGAGUUCGAUCGUUUAGCGGAAAUGAAGAAAUACGUUGUGAAGGUUUUUGAAGAAUGCGUCAAAUCGGUGUCGCCCAGAAACAUCGUCAGAAACACACUGAGAUUCGAUUCAAAAAGGCUUUUCGUCAAUGACGACUCUUCGGCGUACAGCGUGCCUGGUGACGUUUACGUGGUCGGUUUCGGUAAAGCGGUGCUGAACAUGGCGCUAGAAGUGGAGAACAUACUCAACGGCCGUCUCAAGGAGGCCGUAGUGAGCGUCCCAUUCGGGACCCAACGACCCUCCUCCUCGCACAACUCCAGAGUGCGCGUCAUGGAGGCAGCCAGGAACAAUAUGCCUGACCGGGAGUCGGUGGAAAACACCAAUCACAUCACAAGUACACUAGCCCGUCUGGGGAGUCACGAUUUGCUGAUCGUACUGAUAUCGGGCGGGGGUUCUGCACUGUUGUGUUCGCCGACCGUGCCCCUCCACGACAAAAUUCUCGCCACCAACUUGUUGUCGUCGGGAGGUGCAUCCAUCGAACAGCUGAACACCGUGAGGAAAGCGCUGUCACGGGUCAAGGGCGGCAGACUAAUCGGGUCGGUCCAACGGGAGUGUACCGUGAUCUCGCUGAUCCUGUCUGACGUCGUGGGCGACCCGUUGUCCGCCAUCGCCAGCGGACCCACCGUGCCCAACGACGAUCCCGACUGUCUGCCCAUUGGGAUCGUCGACCGCUUCGGUCUGCGUGAUAAGAUGCCCAAGUCCGUCAUAGACGCGCUCUUGCGAAACGAAUCGUUCAACGGCACCUCGGCACGGUUCGACAGAGUCCACAAUUAUGUGAUCGGCAACAACGCCAUAGCGUUACGGGCGGGCAUCGAAUACGCCAGCCGAGACUUUAAGGCUGUACUUGUCACGACGUCGCUCCACGGCGACGUGGCUCUGGUAGCGACGUUUUAUUCAGAUCUCGUAGCGUACGUGUGUGGCCUGUACGCAGGCGCAACGGACGAGAAACGCAAAGACCAACUGAAGGUAACGUCGUCGUCGGUAGUCGGCGGUGGCGGCGUGGACGUCGAGGGCCUGACGAACAGUGUCGUCGAAGCGUCGUCCGAAGGCCGUGGCUUGUGCAUACUGAGCGGCGGCGAGCCCACGGUCAUGGUCCGGGGUAGCGGCGUGGGCGGUCGGAACCAAGAGCUGUCGCUGAGGGUGGCUUUGGCCUUGGGGGCGGCGAGACGUCGCGACGACGGUCUGCACCGGUUCGACGUGCUGUUCUUCAGCGGCGGUACAGACGGCAUCGAUGGUCCGACCGAUGCGUGCGGGGCCUUCGGUUACCCGGCACUCGAGGACGUGGCGCUAUCCCAAGGCCUGGACCCUUCACGGUAUGUCAACAACAACGACAGCUACGGGUUUUAUUCGUCACUUGACUGCGGUAGUGGUGAUCUACUGAAAAUCGGACACACCGGCACAAAUGUGAUGGAUGUGCACGUUUUGAUCAUCAAACCGAAAUAAAAUCAUAAUGCCACAGUGCAAAUAAUAAUUAUUUACCAGUUGUCAACACACAUAGACUAUAGAGUUCAGCGACCGUGUAUGAUAAAUAUUAAAUUGUAAUAACCGAUCGUAGAUUUAAUUUUUAUAUUGACAUAAAUUUAAUUAAAUUUUGAAUGAAAAAUUUAAACAAA